ACUGUAGUUUGUCCAAUCAUCGAUGUCAUAAGCGAUGAUAAUUUUGGCUACCAUGCCGGUUCAGAUUUGACAUACGGUGGCUUUAACUGGAAACUGAACUUCAGAUGGUAUGGCGUACCACAACGAGAAAAUGAGAGGAGAAAAGGAGAUCGCACUUUACCUUUGAGGUCACCAACAAUGGCUGGAGGUCUUUUUGCAAUUGAUAAGAGUUACUUUGAGGAGAUAGGAACUUAUGAUUCUGGAAUGGAUGUCUGGGGAGGAGAGAACCUAGAAAUUUCAUUUAGGAUAUGGAUGUGUGGAGGUGUAUUGGAAAUAGUUACUUGUUCACAUGUUGGACAUGUGUUCAGAAAAUCUACCCCUUAUACUUUCCCUGGAGGCACUGGUAAAAUUAUUAAUCGUAAUAAUCAGAGACUAGCAGAGGUGUGGAUGGAUCAAUAUAAAAACUUUUAUUAUAAAAUGAAUCCAGGUGUUCGUAAAACAGAAUAUGGAGAUGUUACAUUCCGAAAAGAAUUAAGAAAUAAACUAAAAUGUAAAUCAUUUGAUUGGUUCUUGGAAAAUAUUUACCAAGAAUCACAAUUCCGACUGAAUGUACAGAUGAUUGGUGAGAUUAGAAAUGGUGAAACAUCUCAAUGUUUAGAUAGUAUGGGACGGAAAGAGCAUGAUAAAAUAGGCAUUUUCAAAUGUCACGGCCAGGGAGGAAAUCAGAUAUUUGCACUUAGCCAUACGAAUGAAUUGAAACAUGAUGAUUUGUGUAUAGACUCAUCAAAGGAUUCCAAUUACAAAGAUAUUAUUCUGUUUAAAUGUCAUGGUAAACGUGGGAAUCAAGAGUGGCUAUACAAGGAUGAUACUAAAGAGAUUGUGCAUCGUCCUACUUCUCUAUGCCUUGAUAAAGCACCGCCAGGUAAAGACGCUCCUACCUUGAACAAUUGCGAUGGAUCGCUACACCAAACAUGGAACCUGGUUGAAAUUGAUCUCACAGCACCUAUACGAUAACCAACAAUUGUAUAAUUUAAAAAUAUAAGUCUUUUUAUAAGUAAUUUUCUUAUCCAAAUCAAUAUAAUGUUAAGGGGCAAUCUUGAGUUUUGAUAUGUAUUACUUCCCAAGUUGUGUAUUAAAAGUCAAUUUCCUCUUUA